AUAACAAUUGUUGCUUCUAUUUACAAAUCCUUUCAUUUAACUGCAGGUCUUGUUGCGUCAGCGUCCGGUACCGAUGCUUUGAAGGCGACUUUUAGCAUGGGUGGAAUUAAGGGUGACGUAACCUUCUCUCAAUCUCAAGGACAGUCUUCCUCAGUAGUUAUGGUCAACUUAACAGGCGUCUCUGUGAUAUUAAAAUGGAGCAUACAACAAUUACCUAUGAUCUAUAAUGGGAAUGCGAACUUGAGCUGUAACGCAGGGGUAGUAGGGGAUGUGUUUGACCCAAAGAUGGCCAAGAAGUCUGCUGACUAUGCGACCAACUGCCAACCGAACAGUGGUUUAAAAUUUGAAUCAUGCGCAGUCGGAGAUUUAUCAAUAAUGCUCGGAGACCUGAACAGCACUAACCAAGAAGAAAAUUUUUCAGACCCGAAGUUGAUGAUUCCAAUCAGUGGUCCACAUAGUGUCAUAGGUAAGACCUUGGUCCUGUACGAUGGUGACAUGCCCAAAGCAUGCGCCCUGAUUGUUCCGACCCAGCCGAUGAAAACAUUCGUAGCUGUUUUCAAGGGUCCUGUUUCAGGCUUUGUGUACUUCAGACAAGUUGACGAGAACUCGGAUACUUCUGUGUUUGUCGAUCUCUUCUUUGUCAACGAUGCCAAUUCUAAUAAAGACUUUUCGUGGCAAAUUAACCGGGGCGUGGUUAGUCACGAUGCUACCGAUCCAUCUACUUACUGCAAGAAUGUUGGAGAAAUGUUUAACCCAAACGUGAACGAUCCCAGCUGUAAUAAAUCUAUGCAUGGUAAUUGCGCCAUCGGUGAUAUGACGUCCAAACAUGGACAAAUCGAAGUUUCAUUAGCAACCAAAAUGCAGUCAUCUAAAAAAGCGGCAUUCACCGAUAUUAACCUUCCCUUAAGUGGCGAUGACUCCGUCCUGGGCAAAACGCUGCUGCUGUUUCUAACGGACCCAAAACAGGCCAUUGCCUGUGCGAAGAUUGUACACUUAGAGCCGAAAACAUUGAAAGUUUCGUUCGUUGGAAGGACUCAAGAAGGUGUAGAUGGCCAUUUCACGUUUAAGCAGUACUCCCCUUUUGAUGCUACAACAGCAGAGAUCAAACUGACUGGGCUCAAUAAAAAGGCUCAAGGGUACCACAUACACGCCUACCCAAGCCCGUCGUAUAUGGACUUAUCUCCAAAUGAGUCCUGUACCGGACUUGUUGCUGGAGAUCACUGGAAUCCCUACAAUGUCGAUAUUAAAACCAGUCCUCCUGCAGGCACAGGUAAAUAUUCCCCUGUUUUACUUUAUUUUGUUCAACUACAAUAAUUAAAGUAUUUGCGUGAGUCAAUUUCAUCCGGAUAACAAGUGUGAAACAGUUGUGAAGAGCAAAAGUGGUAGUUUUCAAAGAGAAACUUGACCAAUCACUUAUAUGAAAACCAGCAUAGACAAAUGUUCUUUAUAAAAUUCGCAUAAACAUCCAAUUUCGAUCUGAAACUGACCAAAUACAAUACAGCUUUCGGCUUCCUAACUUGCCUCUUCCAGUACCGCGCAGCAAAUGUUUUGAGCAGAAGAGCUAAAGACGAAAUCAUACGCUUCAGCCAACAAGGCUGGGGACGGGGGCAUGCUUAGCAGGCAAGUUUUUUACAAAAAGGGGGGAGGACUAAAGCCCCUCAUAGCCCCUCCCUCUGCGUGGUCCCAGAUUGUUCAUGUCUAUUCAACAUUACACAGUAAUAGACCAUACGAAAAACUUAACAAAAUCCCCAAAAAUUAAAAAAGUGUAAAAAGUCAAUUCCUCGUUGUAGUACAACGAGUAAAUGUUUUAUUGUCGUCUUUAUAUACGGAGGAACCGUAGAAUUUGCAUGUAUGUGAUUUAACCGCCGUACUAGCUACUGCUGCUGAUCAGUUUCCUUAUUUCCCUCAGGAACAGACGAUGAGUACGAAGUUGGUGACUUAAGUGGAAAGUAUGGGACCUUUUUAAACCUCUCGGCAGUUAGCAAAACGAUCGUGGACUAUAAUCUUCCAAUGUUUGGCAGAAACAGCAUCCAGGGACGCUCUUUGGUCAUUCACAAACUGAAGAUUCAGGACAACAAUAUGCGCUGGGUCUGCAAUAAUCUCAUGCCAGUGGUAGAUAUAGGCAUCACCUACUUCAUGAAAGCCAUCGCGAAUAUCAGUGGACCAUCAGUAGAGGGAAUGGUUGUACUGGCAAGUAGUGAUAGUACUUCUAUAAACAGGAUCAGUUCAAUAACAGUUCUUCAAAUUUUGGACCGAAGUAAACGUGGUGAUUGCUGUACAUUCAGUCACACUUUUUUUCUGGUUGUGAUCAAUUCUCUUUCUUUUUCUAGGAACAGUACUUUUCCAGCUCACCAGAUGUGGCUGAGGUCGAAUCCACAAUUUACAUUAACAUCAAACACAAAGAUUCUGACUCAAAAACGGUAACGUUAUUUACGACUGAUUAUAUCAAAAGGGCCAGCCUGGACGUUCAAAAUAGAUAUAUGUUGGCGAUGUGUCUUCUACAUGAAAAUAGCUUUUCAUUUGUUUCGGCUCCAAAGGCUUCUUUACAGCACAAUGCUCAUAUUUUGAGAGCUCUAAGAUACAUUUGUUUAAAUUUGAUACUCUUUUGAUAUGGUUAUAGUGGACCAUAGUAUUGCGCAAGUAACUUAACAUUACUCUUAAUUUCAUCCAACAGAGUGGCCACCUGUGGGGAGUACAUAAAAAUCCUGUAGACGGAGAUGCAAGUUACACCAACGUUAACGAGAGAUGCAUGAGUUUGGAAAGGAAAUUUAAUCCAUACGCAGUGAAAAUUCAGGUAAAAUUCACUCGGCUAGUCCGUGAAACAACAUCGUAGGAACUUUAUUUCGCAAGUGCGCUCAGAUAGAAAGCCUGCCAUUUGUUCAUCUUCUUAGUCUCCUCAUGCAGGGAUGUUAAGGAUGAAGAAUAUCAUGAAAUAUAACAGACAAACUUAAAAAAGCUAAAAUGAAUAUUUUAAGGUGCACAACCUGGAACGUAACUCUUACGUUUUAGCUGUGACGUGACUCUUACGUUUUUUGUUUGUUUGUUUUGCUGCCUUUGAUUGCCUUUUUCGCUUUAUUACCAAUAUCCAGGGAGACUACUCGUCCACCUGUAGUUCAACUAACAUGCUGCGCUGUGAAUCCGGAGACUUAUCUGGUAAACACGACCCUCUCGAAGUGGGCGGCGGCCGCGUAUUUUUCAACGAUGUCAAUCUUCCGUUAUUUGGCAGUAACUCCGGUAAUAAUCAUGGUGUUUUUCACAAUUGUGGUUUGUUCUCUUUGGCUUGUAACUGCUCUAGAUAUACCGCUUGUAGCACCUCACUGUCAAAUGGACCCUUCUGAAGUUUGAUUCUAGAAAAGUAAUCCUCGCUUCGCAUCGUGAUUAAAGGCAAACUUUGCUGGUGUUUCUCAAGCACAUCAAAUAUGGUAAAACGCGAUUAACUUGCGGUAUAUUGCUUUCAGUAAAGAGCUGUGUUGGCAGGUAUAAUAACGAUAGGUUUCUUGGCAAUGAGAGCGCGUGAAAUACCUCAUUUAUACUGUAAAGAGGGAUAUACCAAAAUUUUGAAAUAGCUGGAUCAGCAGUGGAUAUUCCCAGAGAAGAUACCUCUCUACAGCAUUUUGUUCUUUUAAGUUUUAUGUUCUCUUACAAGGAAGCAGUGAAAUUAGUGUGUUUCGUAAGACAGGUUUAAUCGGUUUGAUUAACAAUGCCACUUGACAGAGCAGAAACGUAAAAAAUUGUCAGUUCAAACUGAAAACGAGUGUAGUUUCCUCCACGACGUUCAUCCUCUAAUUACAAGCGUUAAAAGAAGCUGAACUAAAGUGACCACUGGCUGACCAACGUUGACGAACAUUUGUUUUUUUUUUAACAAGUUGCUGGGCGUGGCAUAGCUGUGAAUGCUAAAGAUGGAGGGAGCGACGUACUUGGUUGCGCCAAUCUCUUAGUGGACAGAUCUCUAUAUAAAGAAAGAUUCCUUUUCGCGAAAGAGUCUGACUUUUCCAGGUGAGAAGAACUUCUAUCUCAGGCGCAAAAUUACGAUUAACUAUUUAUCUGAGGUCCUUUUCAAAAAAGGCUAUCCUAAUCGUAUGGUAACAAUAAAAGUAAUAAUAAUAAUAAUAAUAAUAAUAAUAACAAUGAUAAUAAUGGUAGUAUAACAAUAAUGAUAACAUUAAUUGACCACUCCGCCAUUGGCCUUUUCAGAGCCAUACAAAAAAACUGAGAAAAAACAUAUAAAGCAAACAUAAUGUUUAAAAAUCCAAGGAGUUGAACUCGGAGCAACAGAGAAGAUAUCCAGUGAGUAGCAUGGUGGAGGGCUUGAAGCCAGGACCACCAUUGUACGGCCCACUCAAGCCACCAUCCACUCUAAUGGAAUAAAUUGUACACUUUCCGAAAGCUGAGCUCUACGAAAAAGAUCUAAAAGAUGGGAAAUUUUAAAACACGUGCUUUGUGUCAGGUGUGGACGGUCAACAUUUUGACAUCGGAACUUUUAAAAAAUGUCUGCGUCAUGAUAACUUCUCUUUGAAAUUUUUAAGCGGAAUGACAAGACCUUCGUUUUAAACGUUUCUUCCGCGGGUUGUCGAGGUAUAGUGUUUAUCCGUUUUAAAUAGAAGACGGAAAACUUUUCUUGUGUUUGAAAAGAAAAGCUGUUUUCCAUCUUUUCUGGCUUAGUUUAAAUGGGACCUCACUAUUCCACUUUGGUGGUCAAAACGCUAGUUAAAUUAACUUUGUGAAACGAACGAGUAUUAUGUAUACAGUAUUUACAGUAUCAUUAUAGUAACUGUCGGUCUGAGCUUAGAUGCUAUUAGAAGGACUCGAGCCAUAGUUGGCAGUUUCCUUUUUUCGUUAUUAAUUUUUUCUUUUAUUUUUUUGCUUUCAUUGACAGCUUCCAUUUUGCUGAUACCAUCUCUAAAGCUUUGGGAAUACCAAAGUGGCGCCUUUUCAUGAUUCGCACAGAGAAAGCCAAUAGUUCCGGGUGCAUGAAAGUCAAGUUUGCAAUAAUCGGCAAAGGUACCUGA